GGGGCUGAUUUGCUUCUCCCUGGUAUGCUCUGCCUCUGCCUCUGCCUCUCUCUGUCUGAACUUUUCAUCCAGAGUACACACAACAAGAGCAGCAUGAGCAUCAGCCCACAACUGCCUGCAGCAAGCAGGAUUUAGUCUGCAGACAAGCGAAGCAGGUCUGGCUGGGUGGGGAAGGGUUGGGUUGAGAAAGGCAGAGAGCAUGCAGGUCAGACAUGAGUGGGAAAUAUAUAAAAAUUGGGGUUUCAAUAUCGGAAAACGAGGAAGAGCGAGAUCAAACAAGGAACACGAGAGUGCACUGACUGCGGGAGAAAGGGGCGGCUGGAGAAUUGGGUGAACGUGUGUGUGCAGAGAAUGUGAGUGAAUGAUUGAUGCAGGUCUCAUCGACAUAUGCAGGGAAGGUGAGGAUUGGGAUGGGACGGAAUGGAAUGGAAUGGAAUAGAAUGCAACCCAAGGGAGGGAGGGAUGGAAGGAAGGUAAGCGACACGAGAGUGGGACUCGAGGAUGGGAAAAAAGGAGGAGGACGACAGGGUGUGGCGUCGACCCAUGCCUCGGUCGAGAAGAUCUGUCCAGCGACACUUGGUCGAUGGGGAAUGGUGAAUGUGCGGCUACUCCAAACCCAAACCCACUCCGAUCCCUAAACUGAGACGUAAACCUGGAGGUGGAAAUUACUUUAGGGAGCAAGAGUGGCAGUGAGAAGGCUUGGAUGGAGUACGAAGGAGAUGACAUGAGGCAUGACAAAGUGAAUUGGUGGCUUUCGUAAACCUUCUCGGCGAGAGCCGGGUUCUGCUGGAAAGCAACCACGACGAAGACGACGACGGAGCGAGCGAGCGAGCGACCCCACUGCCCAUGCCCAUGACCGAAAGAAGCGCCCCACCCGAAAAGCUUUUUCUGUCAAGAGCUGGCACCGAGCGAAGAACGCCCGCAUUAAUAUGAACGAAUGUUCCACAGAAUUCCACAUGAUUCGAGGAACUCCACCCAAGAUGCAAUUUGGAGAGAGAGAGAGAGAGAGAGAGAGGGAUGAGCGAGGUUCAAGGGGGAGUUUCCAUAAAGGCUGUCAUCGCUCCUUACAUGUAGGAAUCAUUAAAGAAAUAUCUGAAAGGUGUCAUGGGCCCGGCCCCCUUGUGUAAGACUGUUGAAUGUCCUCCUGUCCACCUCGGUCAUGGAAAUUGUACGUCAGAACAGACUGGUCCUGCGGCCUGACUGUUUCCUGCUUUUAAGGCAUAUAUUGUGUA